AAAUGUCAAAGUGCAAACUGUCAAACGUAUCAAGAAUGGUGUUCCUAUGAAAUCUUAUUCAUUCAUAAACAUAAUUUAAUAAUAAUGCCAUAAACAUUGUUUGAGUAGCACAAUAAAAGUUUUCGUAGUUACCCUACCCUACAUUGUCUUAAUUUAAGUGCACGGUUUAUUCGCUUAAUAAUUCUGAAAAUCUUAAGUUUCCGCACAUCAGAAUGUCGAAAGAAGACGAAAAUGCGGGUCUAGAAGCCCAAGAGUCGCUUCUGUAUUCAGCUAGGCACGGUGAAUUACUAGUGGUCAAAUCGCUCUUGGAAGCCAAAUCGGAAGGAAAACUUUCAUUAGAUAUUAACUGCAAAGGUAAAGCUAAAAGCAACUUAGGAUGGACACCGCUUCACUUGGCAACCUAUUUUGGUCAUGUGGAUGUAGUCAAGGCACUGAUAGAUGCGGGAGCGAAUGUAGAUGAGGUUAAUGACACUGGUGAUACAGCACUACACAAAGCUUCAUUCGUUGGGAAUGAGGAACUAGUAAUACUUCUACUCAACAAGAAAGCAGAUGUAAAUAUUAUGAACGGUGAAGGUCGGACAGCUUGUGAUGUUUCAAAGACAAGGGAUGUUCAGAGAUUAUUGGAAGCUGCAAAAAAGUCUGAGAGAAAUGAACAAGAGAGAAAGCUGCUCACUGCCGCUAAAGAAGGCAGGAUUGACGAUAUACAGAUUCUGCUAAGCGGUCCCAAUCCGCCUAACAUAAACUGUGUAGACGCGCAGGGAAACACGUGCCUCCACUGUGCCGCCUACCGUGGACACACGAGACUCGCCAUUCUGUUGUUGCAGCACGGUGUGGACACCACACUCAGGAAUAAUAGUGGGCAGCUGGCCACGGAGCUGUCCCGAGACGCGGAGAUGCGCGAGGUGCUGUCGGUGCGGCCCGUGCAGCGCCUGCAGCACGCCGCCUCCCGCCACCACGGGCCUCUCCUCAAGCGGGCCAGGUUCCUGGGCUGGAGACCUGUCUGGGCGGUGUUGCAGCGCGGCGUGCUGCUGUACUACAGCAACAAGGCGGCGGCCCGGGACAGCGGGCGCUGGAGGAGCCGGAAGUACCUGGACGGAGCGACGCUGGCCGCGCCCGCCGCCGAGCCCGCCAUCAUCACGCUCAGCUUCAGCGACGGCGACUCGCACAAGCUGGCCGUGCCGCCCGUCGAAGAUAUAGCUGCAGCGCGACAGGCGUGGGUGACAGCCUUAAACGAGCACAUCGCGUACUCCGGACACUACCUGUGGGCCGGGGCGUCGCCCGACACGGCCAAGGAAGCCACCGAGGAGUUGGAUGAGGAGACUAAGCCACUGGGUACCAUGCAGGAUGCGCUGACGGCCGCGACGAACAGUCUGGCGCUGCUGGACACGCAGCUGCGGGAGUGCUCCGCCAUCGUGGCGGCUCUGGACAAAACGGUCAACGUCAGUAAUUCCCUGCACCAUUCGGCGUACAUGCGGUUCCAACACGCGAGCGGCAGCGGGCAGGCGGCGCUGGCGGCGCUGCGGCACGGCGCGGCGCUGGUGCAGCAAGCUCGCGACGCGGCCGGCGCCAGACUCGCCCGGGAGGUGGAGAGGAACCGGGUCCUGGAGGAGGCUCUGGCCGCGUUGGCGAGGACGCACCACGCGCUGGAGAUGUCGGUUGCAGAGGAACUCACUAAGGGCAUGAGAAAGAAGAAGUCGUCAUCGACUUUGAACGAGUCGAACGAUAAUUUCUUUGAUGUUUUCGACGGCUCCGACGACGAGGACGACACCCUCGUGACGGCGGGACUCUCCAGCCCUCUCGGCGCGCUCAGCCCCUGGGGGAGCAGCCCGGACCUCGCCAGGAGAACGCCUCUAGGGAGUCCUGACGGCGACCGCACCCCCACCAACGAGGAGGAGGUCCCGGCGGUGAGCCCCGCGUCCUCCCGCGGCACGCUGGUGUCGGCCGGCGGACACGUGUACAGGAACGCGCGCCCCUACGCGCCCUGCACGCGCCGCAGUUCGGAGUGUUCGUUUUGAUUCGCGAUAAAAUCCCUGGGUGACGAUCGUAAUUAAAAAAAUAUAUAUAUAUAUAUCUAUAUUUCAUUUAUUAACGCACAAAACAAUGACAAGGAUGCACAAUGUGUACAUUCAAAACGAAAAACCAUUAACUGCAAUUAUAUUAAACCUAUAAUUAUAAUAAUUGCAAAAAAAAUAUCACCGAAAAGAAAAAUACACAAUUCCGUGGUUAUCGUCACCGACAAUUAAAAAAUUAAAAUUAUUUGCAUUUAUACAUAUUUUAUUUGGUUUAAAAUUAAAUAAUUAAAAACUUCAUUUUGCCUACAAAAAUACUUUUUUUGGGAAAAUUUGAACUGAAUAAAAUUAUAUGUAUCGCGAGUGCUAAACGAAUAAAAAGUAUGAGCUUAGUUCUCACUUGAGUGCUCAUAAUAAAUAAUGCCUUUCUGUAAUAGAUAUACACUGUAGCCAUUAUGAAACUACAGUUAAUUUUGAGCUCGCGCCCAAUG